UUGCGUCAAUACAGUAAAUAAAUCAGUCUAUUUUUAAAUAGUCAUCUCAUAAUAGUAUAAAAACAUAGAAAUGCUCACAAAUCUACGUGGGAUAUCACCGCUAUCGGAAACAAUGUCUGACAACACGUUAGAAAGACAACGCGCCGAAAAAGCUCUAAUAACCAAAACACCAUCAUUGCCCCAUAAGAAUUUAUUAAAAACCAAUUAUUCCGAUAACAAUGGGAAUGAUGUUAGCAAAAAUGUUUAUAAAGGUAGAAAAACCUUCGUGUUUUGGACAUUGGUGUGUUUAUUGUUUAUACUGGCCAUUGGAAACCUUAUUUUAACUUUCAUAAUACUUGCUGUAUUACGACUUGGUCAAGGUCUAGAAAGCAUGGAGUUCCUACCAGAGCACAAUGCUAUAAAAUUCUUUGGUGAAACGAACCUGGAUCAUGUGUACAAGAAGGAUGGUCUGAUUGAAAGCUUCCAAGAUACUCCCAUGGUGAUAAGCAGUGAGAAUGGAUCCGUGCUGUUCAAUUUGCAGACUCGUCUAUCCCGUUCAGACACGCGUUUAACAGUGAACAACUCGGGCGUGUUCAUACGCGGCGUGAAUUCGUUCGAAUUAAUCGAACCCGCGUCCGGCGAGACGGUGUUCAGUACGAACAGCGCUGAGAUGUCGAUCACUGAACCAUUGAACAAUUUGGUUGCUAAGCAAGUCUCCACAAAGCGGAUAUCCUCCCCCGUGGACGAGGACCUACUCCUGCGUUCUGAAGCAUCAGCCCACCUUCAGGGUGCGGAAGGAACCCACAUGGAGUCCAAAUUACUACAUUGGUCAGCUGAUCAGGACAUUUACCUAAAAUCCAUAAAUGGUUCCAUAGUUCUUAGCGGGAAAGAGGGGGUUUUUAUUGAUGUCCGAUAUUUGCCCAUAGCCGUGCCCCUGAAUAAAGGGGAUAGGGCAAUAGGGCAGUUCAAAGUGUGUGUCUGUAUGCCCCAAGGGAAGUUGUUCAGGGUUGCUGUGCCUUCGGGGCAGAAGGUCACGUGCUCUCAUGUCAAUAUGACCGGGGACUUGAACCCUUGCUUGUAAAAAGUUUUCCGAAAAGUAAGAUUUUAGAGAUACUUGAUUUCUUGGGAUGGAAUAGGUCGUGUAAAAAAAAUAUUUUGCAAGGAAAAAUAAAUGGCAAUUUGAUAUUUUUGGUUUUAUGGCAUUCAAAUGCUUUAUAAAUAUAAAUUUAU